UUUGAACCGGCUCGUUCGCGACCUACACAUCACUACCUUUGACACAUGACGCAGCGGCCAACAUGUCCGCUAGUCCAGUGUGUGCUAACAACGAUAAACAAAAUGACUUAGUGUUGGAAUUAUAGACAAUUAACUUAUUGUGUUUCUAUUUCAACCGGAGCAAAUUUAAAUUACCUCAUAUUUAGUGCGUGCACAACUGAAGAGAAAUGACAUCCAUUAUCAAGCUGACAGCGGUGUCAGGUGUUCAGGAGGAGUCGGCCCUCUGCUACCUGCUGCAGGUGGAUGAAUUCCGCUUCCUGCUGGACUGUGGCUGGGAUGAGACCUUCUCAAUGGACAUCAUUGAUGCUAUGAAACGGUAUGUUCAUCAGGUGGAUGCUGUGCUCCUCUCCCACCCUGACCCCAUACACCUGGGAGCCCUGCCAUACGCUGUGGGGAAACUGGGUCUAAACUGCACUAUAUAUGCUACAAUCCCUGUCUACAAGAUGGGUCAGAUGUUCAUGUAUGAUCAAUAUCAGUCUCGAAACAACAGUGAAGAUUUCACACUGUUCACCCUCGAUGACGUGGACUCUGCUUUUGACAAAAUCCAGCAGCUGAAAUACUCUCAGAUUGUCAAUCUGAAAGGGAAAGGGCAUGGUCUCUCCAUCACCCCCCUCCCAGCCGGUCACAUGAUUGGAGGCACUAUUUGGAAAAUUGUGAAGGAUGGAGAGGAGGAGAUUAUUUAUGCUGUGGACUUCAACCACAAGAGAGAAAUACAUCUCAACGGCUGCUCGUUGGAGAGCAUCAGUCGUCCUUCGUUACUCAUCACAGAUUCCUUCAAUGCUACAUAUGUACAGCUACGUCGCAAAGAAAGAGAUGAGCUGCUCCUUACCAAUGUAAUGGAGACCCUUCGUGGCGACGGUAAUGUCCUUAUUGCCGUUGACACAGCUGGCCGUGUGUUGGAGCUGGCUCAGCUCCUGGACCAGAUUUGGAGGUCAAGGGAUGCUGGGCUGGGAGUCUACCCACUAGCUCUGCUGAACAAUGUCAGCUAUAACGUGGUGGAGUUCUCGAAGUCCCAGGUGGAGUGGAUGAGCGACAAGCUCAUGAGGUGUUUUGAAGACAAGAGAAACAACCCGUUCCAGUUUCGUCACCUGACACUAUGCCACAGUCUGGCAGACCUGGCCCGAGUGCCCAGUCCCAAGGUGGUGCUGUGCAGCCAGCCCGACCUCGAGUCUGGCUUUUCCAGAGAGCUCUUCAUCCAGUGGUGCCAAGACGCCAAAAACUCCGUCAUCCUGACCUACCGCACUACACCUGGAACGCUAGCCCGCUACCUCAUUGACAACCCCGGAGAGAAGAUGCUGGAUCUGGAGGUGAGGAAAAGAGUGAAGCUGGAAGGCAAGGAGCUGGAGGAAUACCUUGAAAAGGAUAAAGCGAAGAAAGAGGCAGCUAAAAAACUCGAACAAGCAAAAGAGGUGGAUGUCGACUCGAGUGACGAGAGCGAUAUGGACGACGAUCUGGAUCAGCCGGCCGCAGUGAAGACUAAACACCACGACCUGAUGAUGAAGAGCGAGGGGAGCCGCAAAGGCAGCUUCUUCAAACAAGCCAAAAAGUCUUAUCCAAUGUUUCCCACGCACGAAGAGAGAAUCAAAUGGGACGAGUACGGGGAAAUCAUCAGGCUAGAAGAGUUUCUGGUUCCUGAACUACAAGCCACAGAGGAGGAGAAGAACAAACUGGAUUCUGGGUUGACCAACGGUGAUGAGCCCAUGGACCAGGAUCUCUCCGUCGUUCCCACCAAAUGCAUCUCCAGUGUAGAAAAUCUUGAAAUCAGAGCGAGGAUAACGUACAUAGACUAUGAAGGUCGAUCCGAUGGUGACUCCAUCAAGAAGAUUAUUAAACAGAUGAAGCCCAGACAGCUGGUGAUCGUUCACGGGCCGCCAGAAGCCAGUCUGGACCUGGCAAAGUUCUGUAAGGCGUUCAGCAAGGACAUCAAAGUCUAUACGCCCAAACUGCAGGAGACUAUAGACGCCACCAGUGAAACACACAUCUACCAGGUACGGUUGAAAGACUCGUUGGUGAGCUCCCUGCAGUUCUGCAAGGCCAAGGACACGGAGCUCGCCUGGAUCGACGGCGUGCUGGACAUGCGCGUAGUGAAGGUGGACACGGGCGUGAUGCUUGAGGAGGGCGCGAAAGAGAAAGAGGAGGUCGAGGACACCGAGCAGGCCAUGGAGGUCGCCCCUGAACCCGAGGUCGACGUUAACGCCACGGCGGUGGCAGCGCAGCGCGCCUUGAAGAGCCUGUUCGGGGAGGACGAGAAGGAGGUGUCUGAGGAGAGUGAUGUCAUUCCCACGCUGGAGCCACUGCCUCCAUUCGAGAUUCCAGGGCAUCAGUCGGUGUUCAUCAACGAGCCUCGCCUGUCUGACUUCAAGCAGGUCCUGCUGAGAGAGGGCAUCCAGGCCGAGUUUGUGGGAGGAGUGCUGGUGUGCAACAACAUGGUGGCCGUCCGCAGGACGGAGACCGGACGCAUCGGCCUGGAAGGCUGCCUGUGUGACGACUACUAUAAGAUCCGGGAGCUGCUGUAUCAGCAGUACGCCGUCGUAUAGCAGCAGCAGCAGCAGCAGGAGGAAGAGGAGGAGGAGGAGGAGGAGGAGGAGGAGGACACGCUGCAGAAGAGCAUACCACGGCAAUACAGAGACAAUCCUUUACAAGGACUUUACCCAGAGGAGAAGAGUGCACAACACUCUCCUUCAUGGGCAGCUACAGCUGUUUCACUGCGAAUCCUGUUGUACAUUUCCCCCUUUUAUAAUUUUGUUUUCCAGAUAGUGUUUUUUGUAAUUGUUAGUUUACCUCAACAAAAAGAGAAGUGGAUGCUUUCCCCCACGGACUGACCUCUCUGUGUGUGAACAGACUCCCUCUGUACAGUAACAUCCUGAUGCACUGGAUGGACUAAAGGAUGUGUUUCCCCUCUGAUUCUGUCAUUAAAAACAGUCUUCUUUUUUUUUUUCAAA